AUGGACCUCAUGGGCGCCAGCCUGGCGCGCGGGCGGCAGCUCUGCGCCAGGGCCAGCCCCGAGCCAUGGAAGCACAACGAGACGAGGAACGAGGGGGGCUGCCCGAACGAGUGGCGGCCUUCGAACCAGCGCCAGAGAGAAAUCGACCGCUUCGGCGCCUGCAAGGCGCGCCGACUCGCCCGCAGGCGGCACCGCGACGCCUGCGAGGCGGGGCUUCGCGCAGCUGGCAUCAACACACAGGCGAGGUACAUCGUGAUCCAGGUCCCCAACCAGAGUAAGCCCCAUGAUGGGCACCAGAGCGACUGGAAGGGCGACGUGCAGCCCGAGGAGCAGAACGCGCCGCCCGACACGGACCUCGAAGCGGAGCGGCUCCUGGGCGAACCAGACCUCGCGCGCCCUGCGCCGCCAGCGGUCGCCUACCCCACGGAGGUCUACCUGCAGGCGCGUGCAGAGGUGGCUACGGGGGGCGCAAAUGAGCACGAGCAGGAGGACGCGGAGGACGGCGACGCGGACUGCGAGGAACAGCUCGAGGAGGACCAGCCUAAGCCCGAGAACGACAGCAACAGCGCUGGGAGCAGCGCGAUCGAGAAGAGCGUGCAAGGCCAGGACGACAAGGAGUGCGACACCUUCCAGAAGAACAAAGCGGCAGUCUGCGCCGCGCUCCUCGACGCAGGCAUCGACGGGCCCAACGCCUACACCCUCGCCCACAUGGCCGCCCUGAACAUGCCCCUCCCAGCCAGGAUCGCCGAGAUCAUCGUAGCCUCCGCCCUCCGGAACACCGGCCACGUCGACACGUACGAGGCCCAGCGGAUCGGCGGCCACAUCGACACCUACGAGGCCCAGAAGACCGACGGCCACGUGAAGCAGAACGAGGCCCAGCGGAUCGGCGACCACGUCGACACGCACGAAGCCCAGUGGACCAACCGCCACGAGAAACAGGACACGAACGAGGCCCAGCGGAUCGGCGACCACGUCGACACGUACGAAGCCCAGUGGACCAACUGCCACGAGAAACAGGCCCAGUGGGUCAGCGACCACGUCGACACGUACGAGGCCCAGCGGAUCGGCGGCCACGAGAUGAGCUAUGGGAGCGACCCCAAGGACGAGAAGGCAACGGGAGUGACCCCAAGAACGAGAAGGUACGACAAGGUGCGCUUCAACGAGGACUCAGAGAUCUACACCUUCCAGGCGGUGCCCGAAUCCCCAGAGACGGCCUCGGAGGACCAGUACGACACCGAGGACGAGGAGGAAGACCCAAAGAACGACACCGAGAACCUGCCCUACGACCCAGCCGGCCCAGCCGACGACGGCGACGCCCGCUACAACGACGCAGAACGCCUCCGACGGCGCGCGCCCGCCACCAACCUGGAGACCCAGCCUCCGCCCCGCAACACGGUCCUCGGCCACGGCUCCGACCUCAACGACGGCCUCGAGGGCGCCGACUGCGUCAACGCCCUACGGG